AUGUCCCCUCAUUCAGCCUCCAUGGAAUACCAUCCGACGAAGGCACCACCGGUGCCGCCUCACAAAGUCCAAAGUGGCCGGCCGGGGCAGCCUCACGAGCGGCUGCUCAAGUGUGUCCUGCUCGGGGACGGAGCGGUGGGAAAGACCAGCCUGGUGGUCAGCUACACCACCAACGGAUACCCUACUAAAUACGUGCCCACAGCAUUUGACGACUUUUCCGCUGUGGUUCAGGUGGACGGAAGCCCUGUUCGACUACAGUUGUGUGACACUGCGGGGCAGGACGAGUUUGACAAGCUGCGUCACUUCUGCUACAGUCGCACCGACGCCUUGCUGCUGUGUUUCAGCGUGGUCAGCCCGGCGUCCUUUCAGAACGUGUGGGAGAAAUGGGUGCCGGAGAUCCGCCGGCGCUGCCCCCUGACGCCCGUCCUCUUAGUGGGCACACAGUGCGACCUGCGGCAGGACGUCAAGGUGCUGAUCGAGCUGGCCCGGCGGAAGGAGAGGCCCGUGGCCGAGGAGGACGCCCGAGCGCUGGCCGAUAAAAUCGGCGCCGUCACCUACGUGGAGUGCUCGGCGCUCACGCAAAAGAACCUGAAGGAGGUGUUUGACGCCGCCAUCGCCGUCGGACUGCGCAAUUGCGAGCGCAGGCAGCGGCGGGAGAGGAAGGUCCGCAGCACGGCCGAUAAGAUGAAGAUGCUCUCAAAGUCGUGGUGGAAGAAGUACAUGUGCGUCCAGUAG